UAGUUUGAACAGCAGCUGAAAGCUGUUCACACGUCCGAGGGUAAAAAAUAAGAUGGCAGACGAACCAGAAGAAGUCAAGACAAAGUCUAAAAAAAACAAGAGCGAGAAAAGUCGAAGAAAAGACUCGGAUUCAGCCCAAGAUGAAAUAAAGAAGUUUAAGGAAAAUCUCUUGCAAUCUGCUCCGGCUGGCGAAUCAAUACUAUCAGAAAACAGCGACAUUAUCUACGAGGAGCCGAGGUCUUACAACCUUUCCAAAGCCAGGGAAUCUUUAUCCGUACCCGCCAAUGUAUUAGCGGAGCUCGACGAAAAUAAAAUAUUCGAGUUGAAAGAGGCAUUCCUUUUGUUCGACUUGGAUGGAGAUGGUUGUAUCGACCAAACCGAUCUGCGGGGAACGCUAGUUAGUCUUGGAGAGAAUAUCGAUGAACAAAUGAUCAAAACUAUGCUUUCCGAGGCCUCAAACCCUCUAGAUUUCGACGCGUUUGUCAAUCUACUCGGGUAUAAGACUCUAGAACUUGACUCUGAAGAGACUCUCAUCGCAGCUCUCUCCCGCUGGGAUACGGACAACACAGGCUACAUUUCUGAAGAAAGAAUUCGCCACGACUUAAUGACAUGGGGUGAUCGUUUUACUGAAAAAGAAGCCGACUACGCCCUAGAUGAAGCUCCUGUAAUCAAGAAGAAUGGGUACAACUUCAUAGACUACAAGCAAUUUUGCACCACGCUCUCGGGACUGAGAAAGCCUAAUAAGAAAGCUUUAGAAGUCUAAACUAUAUUUUUAUUACAAUUUCCAUUCAUUUCAUUCAAGUUCUAGUUGCUUUGGUUUACUUUCUGUUUAUAAAAGAGUAAUGAAAUUGAUUUCUUUAGCUUACAAUUUUUUUUCCAGUAAUUAUGCAUUCGUUAAAAUAACUUUUAAAAAUUAUCUCAACUAUUCGAAUUAUUAUUUGCAAAUGAGUAAAGUAAAAAUAUGUUAAGAAAGGCUAAAAUUAAUUAUUAUUGUGACGUAUAUCGGUAUAUCUACCAGAUUGUAAAAAUGCUCAUAAAAGUGCUUAUA